AGUCCUGAUCUCGUAAGAGGAAUGGAGGACCGGUUUGGUAAAGAUAUCUGGAAAAGACUCACCAAGGAUGGAUAUGUGGAUGUUAUAUCCAAGACAGACAUGCGUGAAGCCUGCCGUUCAAUUGAUGCGAACUACAGGGUGCUGACAGUGCACGGGACAAAUGAUGAGGUUAUCCCGGUUGGAGAUGCAUAUGAGUUCGCCAAGAUGAUACGAAGCCACCAGCUGAAAAUCAUACAAGGGGCCAAUCAUGGAUACACUUCACAUCAAGAAGAGAUGGACUCAGCUGUUCUGGCUUUUUCCUCAAGGAAUGCAUGAGCCGCGCCUCCACUCAGGUCUCAUCAUGUGGAUGUCAAAAGAUAUCAACCGAGAAAUCUGCAAAAGAAGAAGAAGAUUGAGGAAAUAGUUGAUUAAGGAAAGAAUAUUUGAUUGAGAAAGAAUAAUGUAAUUG